AAAGGAUAAAAAGAAAACUGGCAGCCAAAACGCCUUCACGUCCCCGAUUAAUAAAUACGGCGAGAAACCGCCAUGGUGAAAAUCGCAGUUGAAAAUCCCAAUUCCCGUUCAAGAGCAGCAAAGUCUCUCUGAAUAAGCAUCGAACUCCUCAACAAACGCCCCGAAACCGCCAGAAAGUUUUAGUUCUUAUCUUUCGUGCUGGGAAUGAGAUGAGAGUAAAGAAAAGAGAAGGGAUCAGAGAAACUGAAGGUAAGCAUCAUUCUUUAAAACUCUCGAGUUCCAACACAGAGGGUGAAGCACCUGGAGAAGGGCAACAGAGAGCAUGACGGGACUGAACGACUAGACGUUUUGAAAGUCUCGCCACCCAAAAUCUUCAAUAUGAUGACGUCGCCUAAGCCCAGGCCCACGUGGACCAAAGUUACGUGUAUUCAGCGAGUAGUGAGAUCAAUACGAUUCGUUUCGAGUUCUUCCCAUUCCGAAUUUCUGGGCUAUGCGUCCCCUCCCAAAGCUUGAUACAACUAUUUCCGGUCUCUGUGGCGCGCUCUCUUUCUCUCUCUUCCUUGUGUUUCGGUGGUUGUGGACACAAAACUAAGUGCUCACCUAGUCACCUUUGCCUCUACCCGAAGGAUUGCGAUAAUAAAAAUAAUAGUAAUAAUAAAAAGCUCUGGCUUAGCAGGCCAUGGCUGCAAAGAAAAUAAUAGCUAUAUGCCAGUCAGGCGGUGAGUUUGUGACAAAUAAGGAUGGAACAUUGUCAUACAAUGGCGGGGAUGCUUAUGCAAUUGACAUAGAUCAGCAAACACAGUUGAGUGAUUUCAAGUCUGAAGUAGCAGAAAUGUUCAAUUGUGCUGUCGAUACCAUGUCCAUCAAGUACUUCCUCCCAGGAAAUAAAAAGACCCUUAUCACUAUCUCUAAAGACAAGGAUUUGCAGCGCAUGGUUAAUUUUCUCGGGGAUACAAUGACUGUUGAUAUAUUUGUCAUGUCAGAGGAAGCUGCUGCUAGGAAUGUGUCCAACAUGCCUGCUAGUAGGUCAAGCAGGACAACUGUGUCAGAAGCUGUGGUUCCUCUGGUCGAUGUUGUUCCUGUUGAUGUUCACAUUGAUAUUGAUCGAGUUGACAUGGAUGUUCCUGAUGAAAAUCCCAUAUCCUGCAUUCCUUUUGGAAUCAAUGAUGAGAAGCAUCGUAAAGCUGCUCUACAGUGGGAAAACACCAUUACUGGUGUUGAUCAAAGGUUUAGUAGUUUUACUGAAUUCAGGGAAGCUUUGCAUAAGUACUCAAUUGCACAUGGGUUUGCUUACAGAUAUAAGAAGAAUGACAGUCAUCGUGUUACUGUCAAAUGCAAAUCCCAAGGUUGUCCUUGGCGGAUAUAUGCAUCCAGGUUGUCAACCACUCAAUUAAUUUGUAUCAAGAAAAUGAAUGGAGAACAUACAUGUGAAGGAGCUGCUGUAAAAGCUGGAUAUCGAGCAACAAGGGGUUGGGUGGGAAGUAUCAUAAAGGAGAAACUGAAAGUUGCCCCGAACUACCGGCCAAAAGACAUUGCAGAUGACAUCAAACGGGAGUAUGGGAUUCAAUUGAAUUAUUCACAGGCAUGGCGUGCAAAAGAGAUUGCAAGAGAGCAGCUUCAAGGCUCAUAUAAAGAGGCAUAUACUCAGCUGCCUUUUUUUUGUGAAAGAAUAAAGGAAACUAAUCCAGGCAGUAUUGCUACAUUCUCCACAAAAGAUGACUCAAGUUUUCAUCGUUUCUUUGUCUCAUUUCAUGCAUCAAUAACAGGAUUUGAACAAGGUUGUCGUCCUCUCAUUUUCCUUGAUACCGCUUCUUUAAACUCAAAAUAUCAAGGAGUGUUGUUGGCUGCUAUUUCAGUUGAUGGGGAUGAUGGUAUUUUUCCUGUAGCUUUUGCUGUAGUGGAUGCCGAUUCAGAGGAUAACUGGCAUUGGUUUUUAUUGCAACUAAAGUCUGCUCUCUCUACAUCUCGUCAUAUAACUUUUGUUGCGGAUUUUCAGAACGGUCUAAAGAAAACAUUGGCUGAGGUUUUUGAUAAAUGCUACCAUGGCUAUUGUUUGCGUCAUCUUGCUGAGAAACUAAAUAGAGACUUAAAGGGACAGUUUUCUCAUGAAGCAAGACGCUUCAUGGUUAACGAUUUUUAUGCUGCAGCAUAUGCACCUAGACUUGAGGGAUUCCAGCGAUCUGUAGAGAACAUAAAAGGCAUCUCCCCUGAAGCUUACAACUGGGUGAUACAAAGUGAGCCUGAACGCUGGGCAAAUGCCUUCUUUGGAGGAGCAAGGUAUAACCAUAUGACCUCAAACUUUGGGCAACAGUUCUACAGUUGGGUAUCAGAGGCACACGAAUUGCCAAUAACUCAAAUGAUUGAUGCAUUAAGAGGAAAAAUUAUGGAAUCAAUUUAUACUCGUCGAGUGGAAUCCAAUCAGUGGAUGACAAAGUUAACGCCAUCAAAAGAGGAAAAUUUGCAAAAGGAGACUUCAAUGGCAAGGUCACUUCAAGUUUUACUUUCCCAUGGUAGCACAUUUGAGGUUCGUGGAGAAUCUGUUGAUAUUGUUGAUACGGAUCACUGGGAUUGUAGCUGCAAAGAAUGGCAACUAAAUGGUUUGCCUUGCUGCCAUGCAAUUGCUGUCUUUCAGUGCAUUGGUAGAAAUCCAUAUGAUUAUUGCUCCAGAUACUUCACUGUGGAGAGUUACCGCACAACCUAUGCUGAGUCAAUUCACCCUGUUCCAAAUGUUGAGAGGCCAAUUAAGGGCGAGUCAAGUGAUGCGGGAGUUGUUGUUACCCCUCCACCAACUAAACGCCCGCCUGGCAGGCCGAAGGUAAAGCAGGCCGAGUCAAUUGACAUAAUUAAGCGUCAGCUUCAGUGUAGUAAGUGCAAGGGCCUUGGCCAUAAUAAGAAGACAUGCAAAGGUUCAUGAGAAUAGAUAAUAGAUUAUUGGGCACUAUAAGCAGGUACCUGGUCCUCACUGAUUUCCUGCUUCGUAACUUUUAACAAUUUUGAUUGGAAGUGUAUAGGCUUGUGUUUGUGCAUGGAUGAUUUCUGAGCAAGCAUCACACUCUACUCGAAUGCUGACUGCAAUUUUUGCUUUGAUUACCUUAGUUAUGCAUUUUUAGAUGCUAGGCCAAGUAUUUGUACGAUGCGUUGGCAUCCAAUUGUUAGUACACUAAUUGACCAACUAUAACAUUGCAAUAUUGAGCCAUUGUUUGUGUUCUUAUUUC